AUGUCAACGACUAUGGUUGCCACUGCGGUGGAAUAUGAUGCUUCUGCUGCAAUGAUGGCAAGAAUGAACGCAGAAUUCUUAUCGAAUUCGAGUUCUCACAAAUCACUGAGAAAGGUGUUGAAUGUGGACUUUUCCCAUUCCGAAGAAUCGAAAUCAUACAACAAGACACCCAUCAUUGUUGGUCAUCGAGGCAGUAUGUACGAGGAACUCGAGAACACUCGGGCUGGGUUCAUCAAGACUGCCCAAUUUGGAGCGGAUGCUGCCGAGCUUGAUGUCUUUCUUCUAAAGUGUGGAACCCUCAUUGUGUUUCACGGUGGAGGUACCGACGAGAAUCCAGGAGACCUGUUGGAUUAUUGUGGCCGACCCGGCAACAUUUUGGAUCUGACCUACGAAGAAGCACUCCAGCUCAAGUUCAAUCCACAACAUGUCGGAUUCGCCUGUCCAGUCGACAUGAUCGAACGUGGACGCAUUCCCACUUUGGAGGAAGUUCUGAUUGACGCCAAGAAGACUGGCCUCCACAUUACCAUUGAGCUCAAGGGAGAAGGAACUGUAGAGCCAUCGUUGGAAGUUGUCGAACGACUCGAUAUGGUGGAUCAAUGUUCCUUUUCGUCCUUUGAACACUCUCGAAUUGCUUUAUUGCGCAAAUUGAGACCUGAUAAAACAAAGUAUCGCACUGGGGCUCUGUUUGAUAUUUGCCCAGUGGAUAUGUUGCAACGAGCCCAAGCCGCUGGCGCAACCGAGAUUCACUUGCGAUACGACACUGUCACGCCUGAAAUCAUUCAAUCCAUUCACGAUGCUGGUUUCGGUAGCAUGGUUUGGUUUCGCGGCGUUGCUGGCAUGGUCGAAAAUUGCCGUGAAAAGUAUUGGGACGUGGGAAAUGAAGAUGAGAGCAUGUACGACGCUCUGUUGCGAACCGGGGUCCAGAAGAUGUGUGUCAACAAACCAGACGUACUCUUUGGGCUUCGCGAGAAGCUCCGGUUCGUUCAAUACAUCUUAGAUUAG